UCAUUGAGUCAUUAGACGAAGAGGAGAGACAAAGCACCGGCUACGGGUUUCUUUUACGGACUACUUGGGGAUGACAGCGAUAAGCCUGCUGAGUUCCCUGACUGGGAUGGUAGUAAUGUCGAUCUGCCUAGUGGAAUCUGUGAUAGCACAGAACGAAUACUAUUCGGGUGUGGACUGGCUGAGCCGUUAUGGAUAUCUACCGCCACCGGACCCCAGGCUAGGAAGACUGCAAACGAAAGAGGGCAUAGAGAAUGCCAUCAGAGAAAUGCAAAGAUUUGGAGGCAUUGAACAAACGGGAGAACUUGACAGAAAGACGUUGGACCUGAUGUCAAAACCAAGAUGCUCUUUACCUGACAUCAUGGGUUCUGAAGACAUUAUGAAAAGGAGGAGAAGAAAAAGAUAUGCUUUGACUGGUCUACGCUGGAAGAAGAACAUUGUAAAAUGGAGCAUCCUUAACAAUCCCAGGCUGAGCAAGAACUUAAACUCAGCGUUAGUUGAAAAUAUUAUGGCCCACGCCUUAAAAGCUUGGAGUGAUGUCACCCCCUUGGAGUUCCAAAAGAUCUCUCAGGACAGGAUAAGUGAAGCCGACAUGGAGGUCUCUUUCACGCGCACCAACCAUAACGACGGCUACCCCUUUGAUGGUCGUGGAGGCACGCUUGCUCAUGCUUUUUUCCCUGGGGAGUCCAGGAUCUCUGGAGACACCCACUUUGAUGACGAAGAGGAAUGGGGUUAUGGAGACACCACUGGCCAGAGCACAGAUCUCUUCACGGUGGCUGUGCACGAGUUUGGUCACGCCCUGGGCCUGGCACACUCCGCAGUCUCUGGGUCCAUCAUGGCACCCUACUACAGCGGCCCCGCCACGAGAGACAUCAACUCCUAUCGUCUGCCCGCUGAUGACCUACAAGCCAUCCAACAGCUGUAUGGACCCAAAGACAAAAAUCCAACACUUCCCAAUGGUGGAGUCACACCUCAUCUGCCUGAGUUGCCCAAGCCCUCUCCACCCCACGGAAAACCAAAGCCAGACCCAUCUGUCCGAGAUCGCUGUGAAGGCGGCUUUGAUGCAGUGGCAGACAUCAGAGGAGAGGUUUUCUUCUUCAAAGGUAAAUUCUUCUGGAGGAUGCAGCGGAUUGGGUCCUUGCUCUCUCUCUCACCAGCCCUCAUCAAGAACUUCUGGUUUGGCCUCCCUGACGACAUUGAGCGGAUAGAUGCGGUGUACGAGCGUAGCGACAGCAGCAUCAUCUUUUUCAGUGGCCAGCAGUAUUGGCUGUUUGAGAACACUAACUCACUGUCUGGGUACCCCAAGCCCAUAGCUGACUGGGGGAUGAGGCACAGCGACGGAAAGCCUGUGACAACUGUGGAAGCAGCGUUCGUCUAUGCUCACAACGGGCGGACCUUCCUCUUCAGCGGGAACGAGUUCUGGGGGUUCUCCAACGCCAACAACGUCAGGAUACUUAAGCUGGAUGAGGGGUACCCCAAACCGGCGUCUAUGUGGAAGGGGAUGCCCAGUAAACCAGACGACAUCAUCAGCUAUGGAGACGGAAACACAUAUUUCUUCAAGGACAACUCCUAUUGGAAAAUGGAAAAGGGUAGACUGGACCAGGAGGUAGUAACCUCUAAAUCCACGGCCAUUGAUUGGAUGAAAUGUCUCCCGGAGGAGGUGCCCACAUUGCGUCCAGGGAAAGGAGACUGCAUCUGCGAAAUAAAUAGGGCCUCUGAAAUUUCAUGCAGAAGCAGCCAAUGGAUCAUGCUGAUCCUCACCAUGGUCUUUGUAGAGAUUUUACUGGUGGUAUGAGGGCUUUCUUUCAUUUUAUUUAAUGGCAUUGAAAUUCUUUAUGUCACUGGGUGUCUUUUUUUAAGUUAUUCAGAAAUAUGUCUGUUUCUAAAUGUCACUGGUUGUUUUUUUAUUUGCAUCAACAAUACAAAUGUUGCACUCUGUGUAUAAAACAAUUCAUACAGGUCAGUAGAUCUUACACAUUUUUCUCAGGCAUGAUGUUUGAAACAAUAACACAGAUAAUAUAUUGCUGUUGAAGAUCUUAACUUUGGUUUUCUCCCUGAUGUUACCUGCUUUCCAUACUUUGUUAAGUUAAGUAACGCUGAUUUUGCCUUCAGGAGUCUACUGCUGUUUCUAAAUGCCAUUGGUUGUUUUUUAUUUGCUUCAACAAUACAAAUGUUGUACUCUGUAUAUUACGAUAAAACAAUAAAAAGUACAAUACAAUUACAAUUAAAAGUAUUACAGUG